AGCCUUGGGAGGCCACAACCCGGGAAAUCUCGUUACACUUCCGCCUCCCAGGCUCCGGAAGGUAUCGCGCACGCGCUCCCUGCGACUCCGGCGCGGUUGACUUCCGCUCCCACUGUGCCCUGCGAGCCGAAUCAUGGAUCACACUGACAAUGAGUUACAAGGCACUAAUAGUUCUGGAUCAUUGGGUGGUCUUGAUGUUCGAAGACGAAUUCCUAUAAAGCUCAUCUCCAAACAAGGGAACAAAGCCAAAGCUUCACCUCGAACUCCAAGGACUAUAAACAGGAUGCCUGCAAAGGCUCCAGCUGGUGAUGAAGAAGGAUUUGAUUAUAAUGAAGAAGAACGGUAUGACUGUAAAGGGGGCGAACUGUUUGGAAAUCAGCGAAGAUUUCCUGGACACCUUUUUUGGGACUUUCAGAUAAACAUCUUAGGUGAAAAGGAUGAUACACCAGUUCAUUUCUGUGACAAAUGUGGAUUGCCUAUUAAAAUCUAUGGGCGAAUGAUUCCAUGCAAGCAUGUUUUUUGCUAUGACUGUGCUAUUUUACACGAAAAAAAGGGAGAUAAGAUGUGUCCAGGCUGUAGUGAUCCUGUGCAGCGAAUUGAGCAGUGUACACGAGGUUCUCUCUUCAUGUGUAGCAUUGUUCAAGGGUGCAAGAGAACCUACUUGUCCCAGAGAGACUUACAGGCUCAUAUCAACCACCGCCACUUGAGAGCUGGAAAACCUGUUACCCGUGCUUCACUUGAAAAUGUUCAUCCUCCUAUUGCCCCACCACCAGCUGAAAUCCCCGAUCGUUUUAUAAUGCCGCCAGACAAGCACCAUAUGAGCCAUAUUCCGCCAAAGCAGCACAUCAUGAUGCCACCACCUCCUUUGCAGCAUGUGCCCCACGAGCACUAUAAUCAGCCACAUGAGGAUAUUCGUGCUCCUCCAGCAGAAUUGUCCAUGGCUCCACCUCCACCUCGCUCGGUCAGUCAGGAAACCUUUCGUAUUUCAACAAGAAAACACAGCAAUUUAAUAACUGUCCCUAUUCAGGAUGACUCAAAUUCAGGUGCUAGAGAACCACCACCUCCUGCCCCAGCACCUGCUCACCAUCAUCCUGAAUAUCAGGGUCAACCAGUGGUCUCGCACCCUCAUCAUAUUAUGCCUCCACAGCAACAUUACGCACCACCCCCACCUCCUCCACCACCAAUAAGCCAUCCAAUGCCACAUCCUCCCCAGGCCGCAGGUACUCCUCACCUGGUGUAUAGCCAAGCUCCACCUCCACCAAUGACCUCUGCUCCACCACCAAUCACCCCUCCCCCUGGACAUAUUAUGGCCCAGAUGCCACCUUAUAUGAAUCAUCCUCCUCCAGGACCUCCCCCCCCUCAACAUGGUGGUCCACCUGUAACUGCACCCCCUCCUCACCAUUAUAAUCCUAACUCUUUACCCCAGUUCACUGAAGAUCAAGGAACUCUGAGCCCUCCAUUUACACAGCCAGGGGGAAUGAGUCCUGGUAUAUGGCCUGCACCGAGAGGGCCGCCUCCUCCUCCACGAAUGCAGGGUCCGCCUUCUCAAACCCCACUUCCUGGACCACAUCAUCCAGAUCAGACAAGAUAUAGACCGUAUUACCAAUGAUAAUAGUAUUUUGAACUGAAGAUAUGAUGAGGAAACAAACUUAUGUAUAGUCAAUCUUUUAAUUAAGCUUUGACUGUUUGGGGAAGGGAAAGCGCCUCUUACUGAGGUGGCUGUAAAACAGUUAGGGUCUUGUCACUUAAAAUGGUUUUAAAUCUUGACCUUAGGAGUGAUUUCAAGUACUAUACUGUAGUGCAGAUAAGUGGCUCAGUUGAGCACAACUAUAUUUUAACAAACUUUCUUCCCCUAGUGUGGUAAAUUGACCCAGAGGUGACCAUUUGUAAAAAAUUUGAAAGAAGUUUUUCGUCGUUCCACUUUCAAAAGUAUUGCUUUUGUUAAACCCAAUGUUUAGUUUUUCUUGUGAUACAUUUUGUUAACCUGUGUAAAAGGAUUAAAUUUCAAUAUGGUUGUAAAAAUGCUAUUUUUAUGUGAAUUUAAGUGCAGCCACAUAGUGUUUUUUAAACCAUAUGUUUUACCACUAAUUUCCCAAAGUUAUAAUAAAAUCCUAAAAGUAAAAAUCUACUAGAAUUUACUGCAAGGCACACUGUUAAAUGGUAGAAAAUGAUUUCACAUGUUAGGCACUGAAAUUUUGAGGUAUAUUAGGUGUAUAAUGCACUUGACUUGGAUGCCUUUUCAUUUGUAGGCAGCCUCAGGAACACCAAAAUACAUUGGAAUUGAAGUACUAAGAAAUAUUUAUGUUUGUAAUACUGAAAGGCAGUGUUCGUUACUUGGAAAGUUACGGCCAAAGUAAUCAACUCUGUAGGCUCCAAGCUGUUGGGGAUGCUGGCACCCAUUAAUGCUUUUUAACUGAAUGGUUGGAAUCAUGUGAUGCACCACAGAUUAAUCUUAAGUAACGUUACUUUAUAGAACUGUUUAAAUGGUGUGCUUUAGAUGAAGUGUAUUCCUCUCUACUCAUUGUCUUAAACUAAAUAUUUAGGGCUGAAUAGGCUUUAUGUAAUUCCUCAUUUCUUGGUAGAAUUUGAUCCCGUGCUUAAGUGGGUUCUUGUUUAUUGGGUUUUAAACUAUAAUUUGAAUGCCAUGGAGAAAUUUGAAUAAUGUAUUAAUGAAGGACAUUCUUGUAAUCACA